AUGACCACGAACAUGCUUCCCUGCACUUCUGCAUGCGCCCCAACUUCGCUAGCUGCGCCACACGAAGUUCAGCUUUCACAGGUCUCUUCUCAAGCCCAAAUUCGCUUCUGUGGCAAUUGAGCAACAUGGCGGAGCCUCCUGUUGAUGUCCUCCUCCCAAAGAACGUGUCCCCGGUGAAAUACACUCUCACCCUGAAACCUGACCUGGAAACUUUCAAGUUUGGUGGGGUUGCGCAGAUUGAGCUGGACGUGAAGGAAGACACCCAGGAGCUCAAAUUCCAUGCUGCUGAGCUAGAGUUCCAAAAGGUUGUGGUAAAGAGCGAUGAUGUGAGCAAGGAGCUCGGAGGGGACGCCGUAGUGCUGGACUCGGAGGCAGAGACGGCGACUGUGAAGCUGGACGGUGCCACUCUGAAGAAGGGCACAGCGCUCCUGACUAUCGAUUUCACUGGGACACUCAAUACCAACAUGGCUGGGUUCUACCGGUCUGCCUACACCGUUGGCGGCCAGAAGAAGCACCUGGCGACCACGCAGUUCGAGGCGACCGACGCGCGCCGCGCGUUCCCUAGCUGGGACGAGCCGGCCCAGAAGGCCAAGUUCGACAUCACUCUAGUUGUCCCGUCCGCGCUCACCGCGCUGAGCAACAUGCCGGUCGUGAGCGAGACGGACAACGGCGACGGCACCAAGAGCGUGCACUUUGCGGAGACGCCCAUAUGCAGCACGUACUUGGUGGCGUUCAUCGUGGGGGAGCUGGAGAAGGUGGAGGGCAAGACCAAGGAGGGCGUCGACGUGCGCGUGUUCACCACCCCCGGCAAGAAGGAGCAGGGCCGGUUCGCGCUGGAGGUGGCGGCCAAGAUCCUGUCCUUCUUCAACGACUACUUCGGGAUCGACUACCCGCUGCCCAAGAGCGACCUCGUCGCAAUCCCCGACUUCGCCGCAGGCGCCAUGGAGAACUGGGGCCUCAUCACCUUCCGGGAGACGGCCCUCCUGGUCGACGAGAACACGUCUGCCACGGGGCGGCAGCGCGUUGCGUAUGUAGUGGCACACGAGCUGGCGCAUCAGUGGUUCGGCAACCUCGUGACGAUGAGCUGGUGGACGGACCUGUGGCUCAACGAGGGCUUCGCCACGUGGGUGGGCUGGCUGGGAGUCGACCAUGUGUUCCCGGAGUGGGACGUCUGGACACAGUUCACCGGCAGUGAGGCCACCCGCGCGCUGACUACCGACGCGCUGCUGUCGUCGCACCCGGUGGAGGUGCCCAUCAAGGACCCCAAGGAGAUCGGGCAAGUCUUUGACGCGCUGAGCUACCAGAAGGGCGCCUGCGUCAUUCGCCAGCUGGAGGCCGCGCUCGGGGCGGACGACUUCAAGAAGGGCCUGCACCAGUACUUGCACCGCCACCAGUACGGCAACACGGUGACCACCGACCUGUGGGCGGCCCUCAGCGAGUCCUCGGGCAAGCCCGUGCAGUCAUGGAUGGAGAGCUGGACCCGCCAGACCGGUUUCCCCCUCAUCACGGUUACCGACAACAAAGGGCUCGAGCUCAGGCAGAAUCGCUUCCUGUCGUCCGGCCCCCCCGCGCCGGAGCAGGACCAGCAGCUGUGGUGGGUGCCCAUCAACGCGUCGCAGGGGGGGGGCGCGGAAGGAGUCACGGAAUUGCCGCUGUUUGUGCUCAAGGACCGCGAGGCGGACUUCUCGAGCGCGGCACCGGCCUCUUCUGACAGCUGGCUCAAGCUGAACCGGGCGCAAACGGGCAUCUACCGGGUGAACUACACGCCGGAUCUGUGGAAAGCUUUGGCAGGGGCCGUCAAGUCGCUGGCACUGCCGCCCGUGGACCGACUAGGUGUGAUCAGCGAUGCGUUUGCGCUGUCCAAGGCGGGCGUGCUCCGCACCAGCCAGACCCUCGAGCUGCUGCUCUCCUACGCCAACGAAACCGACUACACGGUGUGGAACCAGCUGAGCGGCGACUUCGGCGAGCUGGACUCCAUCUUGUCGACGACGUCGUUUUACCCCGCCGUACAGCGCGUGGGCCGCCAGCUGUACAGCACCAUUGGGCAACAGAUCGGCUGGGACGCGCAACCGGGCGAGACGCACCUGAUCGGGCUGCUGCGGCCGCUGGUGCUGAGCAAGCUGGCCAAAUACAAGGACGAGGCCACAAUCGCCAAGAGCCGCCAGCUCUUCGGCCUCCUGCAGGGCGACCCCACGUCGGUGCACCCCGACUUGCGCGGCGUGGUAGUGAGCACGGCGGUGUCAGAAGGCGGCCGCGCCGAGUACGAGGCGGUCAAGGAGCUGUACCGCAAGUCGGAUUCUGCGGAGCAGAAGAUCAAGUACCUCACCGCGCUGGGCCAGACCAAGGACCCGGAGCUCAUUCAGGACUUCCUCAACUUCGGCAUCGACACGGAGCAAGUCCGAUCGCAGGACGUCCUGUACAUGCUGGGCGGGCUGUCAGCCAACAGGUACGCGCGCGACGCCGCAUGGGAGUUCGUCAAGGCGCACUGGGACGACGUCUUCUACCCGCGCUUCAAGAAGGGCAUGCUCCAGUAUGUCGCGUCUAUCCCGAUCCGCGGGUUUGCUUCUGAGGAGAAGGCGCGCGACGCCGAGGAGUUUUACCGCACCCACCCGGUGCCCGAGGCCAAGAUGGAGGUUGCGCGCAGCCUGGAGGCGAUCCGGUCUAAGGCGCAGUGGCUUGCGCGCGACCAGGAGGACAUCGAUACGUGGCUCCAGAAGAAUGAGCGAUGAAGCCAGGCGGCUCGUGCGCGCUCAGCGCUGUAGUGCGGUGCCAUAAGUCGGGCCGUGCGGGUCGUGCAGUCGCGUCAGAUGUCGGGUGUGUCGGAAGUUGUUGAGAUGCCAUGAGAAAAGCAUUUGCAAGGGGGGUCACAGUCAUCAGGGAAGAGGUGGAUAGAUUUGGCCGGAGGUUGAGAAUGGAGUGUGCGAUGUACGUCUAUGGCAAGGUGCAAAUCUGGUGGUUGCUCGCUGUAGUACAAAGGUAGAUACAUGCGAAGGUAAUUAUAGUGCUGAUGCAACUUACGCGUGAGCUCUGGGGAGAAGAUCAGAAACCCUGAUUAUACAUUCAUGAGUCGAGGGUCCGCUUUAACUUGCUGCUCCAUGCAACGAGGAUCGAAAUUUUACUGGCCUCAUUGGUGAAGCUUGGCGGCAUGGGCAUAGCGGAAAGACCUGUUACGAUAAGGCUACUAUGCAGCCGGACCUGUCCGAAACGGUAGAUGGCGGCACACUCAGCCACCAAGUCAAAGGUCAUGAGAAUCUCCUUCAAUUCGUACAUGCAUG